GCAUCCCUCCCUCCUGCAUCCCUCCCUCCUGUAUCCUUCCCUCCUCCAUCCCUCCCGCCUUCCCCCCCUCUGCCUGUGCAGAGCUGCGGACAUGGCGCUCAGCAAUUUCCUCUUCGCUCAGUGCAUCUGCUACUUCCUGGCCUUCCUCUUCAGCUUCAUCGUGGUGGUGCCGCUCUCCGAGAAUGGCAACGACUUUCAUGGCCGGUGCCUGCUCUUCACCGAGGGCAUGUGGCUCAACGCCAACCUGACAGUGGAGAGGCAGCGCUUCACCGUGCAGGAGUGGGGGCCUGAGGCUGCCUGCCGCUUCAGCAUCUUCACCGGGCUCCUCUCCCUGCUGCUGGCCACAGUGCAGGCCUGGAGGACCCUCUUCUUCCUCUGCAAAGGGCAUGAGGACUCUUUCUUUUAUGCCUUCCUGAAUCUGCUGAUCAGCGCCUUUGUGGUGUUUAUCACUUUUAUUGCUAGCACUAUAGUGAGUGUAGGAUUUAACAUGUGGUGUGAUGCAAUUACCGAAAAAGGAAGCAUGCCAAAUAGCUGUGAAGAGUUACAGGAUAUAGACCUUGAACUGAACUUAGAAAACUCUGCUUUCUAUGACCAGUUUGCUAUUGCACAGUUUGGUCUCUGGGCUGCCUGGCUGACUUGGCUGGGAAUUACCAUUCUGGCCUUCCUGAAGGUUUAUCACAACUACAGACAGGAGGACCUGCUAGAUAGUCUGAUCCAUGAGAAGGAGCUGUUGCUAGGAAGAUCCUCUUCACGAACCUCUUUGCAAGAUGAGAAGAGUGGCAUGAUCUAAAGUGUAAGCAAAUUUCCAGAGCAGGAUCUAGAUUUUAUUCUUCAGUAGUGUGAGUUGAAGUUGAGUCAGGGUAUUGAGUGUGCAGGAUCUUUUCUUCCCUAAAAGGAGAUGUACUUCUGAAUCAUCCACUUCCUCCCUAAGAAAUUGUUGGCAGAAGUAUUUAUAUUAGGAUACAGAGAACAAACGGCCCCAUGUGCCAUUGCCACAGCAAACUUUCUGUGCUGUGCAGCUACAAUCUAACCUGCUCUUGCCAGCAGAGCUCCUAUGUGAUAAUACUGGUUUUCAGGGAAGGGGCCAUUUUUGAGGACUGUGCUAGCGAGACCAGGCUAUUUCUUCAAACUAUUUUGCAACAACAGUUGUAACUGGAGCUGUGUGCAGUCCCUCUUCUCUCCCUCUCCUCCCUUUUGCCAGUAAAGCUGCCCCUAUUGUCUCUUUAUUCUGGGUAAUUUCAGCUCUGGUCCAGGUGCAGGUUCUCGCUGUCUCUGCUUUGCUAUGUGUGGACAUAGUCCUGACAACCCUGUUGCUCCUGCUCUGAUUUGGAGUUCAUUUAGAACAUAGGGACCUGUGUUCCAGAGUUGAUAUUUAAUAUUGGACAGUUUUGAUGAAUUUCAUUGAACCACUAUAUUAUUACAGUAUCUGUCAUCAUUUGGAAUGAUGGUGGAGAUUUUUUGUGGUUUUGUUUCUUCUUAGAUUUCGGCAUGACCAACAUUUGUUAUGACUCCUGAAGUGUAGUGUAGCUAGCAACUGCUGAAGCUUGCAUAUUAAGAUAUUAGGCUGAAUAGAUAGUAAUAAUGCUUGUGCUUUUAUAAAUGUAACUUGGUCCAUAACAUUGUAUACUAUUCAGUUUUGAGUGCUAGAAUUUACUUGUGAUAUUUAUUUGCAAAACUACUGUAAACAUUUGUAUUGUAGGUAGCUCUAUAUAUCUAUAAACGUAGCAAGGAGUUCGAACAGCUGAGUUAUUUUAUAGGUAGUUCAGUGCUGAAUGGGUCCUUUCUCCCAACUCAUGGGCAGGAGUUCCAGGGCUGAUGAAUUUUGCUCUGAAAAGGGAGAGUAACUGUUAUUUUCACAAAGCUCAGUAGUGACUCGGUUGUUGCAUUCGGUUUUGCUUGGCCAGUGCUUCAACAGGUAAGGUGGAUGUUUGAGGAAAGAAGUAGAUGUGAUAAUUAAGGAGAGUCACUCUGAUGAGUGUGGGUUUUUCAUGGCAGAGAAAAUAAGUUGUACUACAGUUAGGCAGAUAUCCCUAAGUACACAUUGCACAGAAGACCCUAAUUCAGCAGAAAACUUAGGUAAGCAGUUAAGUUCAGGUUGAAGAAGGAUUUUUGUGAGUACACAGACACUGCCUGUGGCAGCUGUUUUUGAGUUGAGACUCAAAUUAUUGCAACACAAGUGCAAACCAUGUGUAUCUAUAUUGCCUGUUAAAUAAGAAGGUUGGGGAGAGAAGACAACUUAUUUCUACCCCAUCAGAGCUUAAGCCUGGGGCUAGCACAACCAUAUAGAUUUACUGUUGUCUUCUGGGGACUAUCUGGUGCUUGAAGUUAAGUACCUGCUUCAGCGUUUGGUUGAAACAGAAUUUGAAGUCAUAACAAAUCCCUGAAUUUGUAAGCAUUUAGGGCAUAAAAUCUAACAUUAUAUUUAACAGCCAAACUGUUCUCAUAGGUUUAGGGAAAAAAACCUCUAUGGGCUGUAAGCAGUGAGCUGGUCCUGUGAACAUCACUUAUAGCCCUUAGCUGGCAACAGCUGUCUGUAAAGAGAUCUUGCAUUUCAGCAUGAUUUCUGUCCACAAGGGAAUGCAAUUCCUUUGAAAGCUUACAGCAGAGGCUUUUUUGUAGUUGUGAACUAAUAUCAGAGGAGGAUUUCUGGAAAAGAGAAUCAGAGAUCAAGUCAGUUAAUAUCAAUUUAAAAUUCAGAGAUCAGGACUGUUGGAGUAUCUUUUUUUUACCCAUUUGGUCUAAUAAGAGAUACAUUCUUGCAGGUACGUAAGCUCUUUGCCAGGGCAUGACAUUCCCCUUCAAACCCUGAAGAAGAGCUUGAGCCCUGAAAGUUAGCCUAUUUCCUAUGUCUCCCCAGUUGUUUCUCCAACUGUAAAAGACACUACUUCUUCCAGCCUCACUGGAUUCAGCAGUGAUGCCUCUUACCCCAAAUUACUUCAGUGCAUGCCUUAAUCCUCACAUAGAAUCAUGCUGCUGCUUUGUAUAAUAUAUUUUAUGUAUGUGCCAAAUCAGGCUUAGGCUGAAGUAAUGUAUGGGUUGGAACCACUGUUCCGCAUCUUGCCUGGGAAUUUGAAGAACCAGGUGGCAGAAGAUAGCAAGUGUCUCCUCCUCGUCCUUGCUCUGAGAUACCAGGGCUCAAGCCUUGUCUCUGGUUCUGAGGAGGAGGAAGAUGUUGCUCACCAGUGAGGUUAUCGGAAGCUCAUGUUCUCUUCUACCUCUCUUUUCACCUGUCUUGGGUCUUUUCCUCCUUUCCCCUUCCAUAAGAAGCAGUAAACACUGGUCCUGGCGUUUCUACUCUCUCUGACUUUUUUUUUAGCAUUUUCAGUAGCACUGACACUGACACGUUUCCCUGACACUAUGAUUCAUUGUUCUACAGCUCAACAGACAAAAAAUGGGAUCUUUAAAGUACCUGGGGCAGCCAGGAUCCCACCUUGAAGUAAAAGUUGAUAGGAAUGAAAUACCUCACUUCAACCUUUGGAAAGUCCAGCCCAACACAAGUAUAUGUACAGAUUCACCUGUUAACUUUGGCAUCAAAGCUUAGCCUCUCUUAUUCAUUUACCUGGGUGAAUUAUUCUAACCCCAGUUACAGUUCAGUGCCCAUGAAUGCAAGCAUCUUGGCUGUUGGAGUUGGCAUGCAAAGUAAAAAGAGGCUGAAGCUCUUCCUUGAGUCCCACAUGCAUCCCAGUCUCUUUUACCCAGCUUCCCUCACUUGACCAGGUGGGGUCUGGCAUGCAGCUUACAGGCAUCAGAGAUGCUUAAAAGCAAAUCUAGUUUUGAAGAAAGACACUGGGCAGGUGAGAAGGCAGAGGGGGUAGUGAGAAGCUCUCCAGCAGACUUGAGGGGAGGAACAGUAUCAUGCCAGGCCCAGUUAUUGGACCCACUUGGGCUUUUGUGUUUGCAUUUAUCUUUCUGCAACCUCUUCUCCUAAAGCUUGGACACUCAGGCCAACGUGGCGAUGCCAAGCUGAAAAUGUGUUAUAAUAGCAGUAUUAUUGGUACGCUCAUAUAUACAUACCUACCUAUACUCUCGCUCACAUACGUCUCUUUUGCACAUUUCUGACCUCUGCUUUUAGUCAUCCAUUGCCAACCAGUGCAGAGUGCGGCUGCAGUAGGAGUUUCUCUGAGUCAGAUAUUGCAUUUCUGUGAUAUUUCGAUGCCUUUUUUUAUUUGCCAUCUCCAAAAGCAGGCCUCUGUGAACACGCUAGCAAGAGGUGUAUUCAAAGAACUAGAACCUUGUGUGGUAUUUAUACUUUAUUUAUUGUCAUAUGGUAGAAAGCAAAAAUGCUUUGUGGUUUUUUCCCAUGCUGCCCCUCUUGCUGCUGGCCAUUGCUAAGCUGUGAACCAUUCUAGUGGAGAUCAUGGGAUGCAGUUGUUUAGUCACUGUGUUCCCUGUGAUGCUAAAACCACAGUCAAAAGGCCUUUGUUUUGGCCUGUGAAAAUUGCUAGUAAUGCAGGGAGAGCCUUACUUGGUCAAAUGCAACUGGAUGCUGCUUUCUGAGGCACCAGGAUGUUACCACACGUUUAUUCUGUUAAAUCGAAUAUAUUCCUAGCUACUAUCUGUGGUUAAUUUUUGACAAUUCCCUGCCAGCAGUCCACAUUGGGUUAGAAAAAUCUGAGCUAACGUGUCAUCUGAGCUUUUAAAUCAGUGCUGUUCAUUAUUAUUUUUAUAAUGGAUAAACAAUUGAAGCCAUUUUUCUGAAUAGAAUUUCAUCAUGAAGGCACAAAUGCUUAUAACUUCUUAUCCCUCUAAUUUAUGAGGCGUCUUUCAGCUGUGAACAUUCAAUAGGAAUCACAAAAAUAAGCACAUGAUGAUUUACUUUAAAAACUGAAGGACACAUGCGAGCUCUGGCAGUGUUUCUAUGGUCCCUUAGAAAACUGGUUGUUACAAUAACCAGUGGUGGAUGCUUGAGUAUGCAGACCUUGCCAUGAAAUCAUUCAGUGUCAGGGAGGUGGUGUAUGUCUGUUUGUACAAUGCACACAGAUGUAUGCCAGAAAGAAUUCCACUGCUCUUCUGUGGUACGGAUAUAGGCUCUUCUCUUAACAGUCAGCUUAGGUCGGAGUAGUUGUUAGGUUGCCUUAACUUUCUACGUUGCCUUUUUCUUAGUAUUAAUAUCUGUGCAAUGAUACAUAGGCUGUGAUACUCAGAGGUGGACGUGAUGUGAGCAGAGUAGGAAAGCACUGGCCGGUGCACAACCUCCAAAAGGCUGAAAUGGGUUUCUAAUGGCGGUUUGCAGAUGUUUCAACUCCUCCUGUAUCUCUGGGUAAUGUCCCGAUGUUAGUUUUAUUAGUUCCAUUAGGAACAGAGAGUCACACUUACCUUAAAGGCCUUACCUCAUCGCCACAGUAAAACCGUUGAUUUAAUCUAUGUAAUAUUCAGGUUAAAAGCAGAGCUUCAAGGAAAAGGAGUACACACUUUACAGUUAUGUUGCAUGAGCAAGGGGUACUUUUCCCCUGAUUCAGGAAUUCUGCACCAUGAACUCCUAAAUGACCAGUGACCCUGACAUGAACAUGGUCCUGUUAUUAAUUAGUUUAAAAUACAGACUUGAAGGUGACAAACAGAACACAUUUUGAUAGGAGUAUCAAUCGGUUGCCAGACCAUACUCUUCUGCAACACAGUACAAUAUUCUGGCUGAAAACAGACAGCAUGUCUUUUGUCAGAGUGAUUUAUUUAGUGUUAGAAAAGAUAAGGUGACAAAGGGGAAGAAGGUGUAUUUAGAAUACAGUUAUUUAGUAGCAGGAGUUUAGAUGGGAGAAUUAAUCUGAAAAUUUAUUUAUUGUCUUAAUUGUUGAAGAAACUCAAGCAGAUUUUUGGUGUAGCAAGUUAGUGUGUAGUUCAUGAGGGACAGAAGGGCUAAGCUGAUUUAUUGUGUCUGAGGAUCUAACCAAUCUAACCCUCUGCAUUUAAAGUAAGCUGAAAACUCACCUUUAGAAAACAUCCUGUAUUUUCUUCUAAAUCCCCAGUAUAAAUAGCAGGUUAGAAUGCCCUAGGCUGUGUUAUUCCCUGAAAUGUAGGGCUUAACUGGACAAAGUGAUUCCUGGUUUGAGAUCUUUGGGGUUUCUUGGUGCAAGGGUUGUCGUAUGUGAAACGCAUGACUAGUUGAGGGAGGACACCUAAGAUUUCCCUGGACACCUGAAGGCUCUCAUCGGUGAGAUAUGAAGCCAUGCUUCACCUUCAUUUGUCCUCCAGAAUCAUUUCGUCUUUGUUGCAUAUUGGUCCAAUCUCAAUUGUUUGCACCUCAUGCAACUUUGUCCUUAGGGUGAUGGUUGGAGACCAUCUCCUGAGGGGAGAUGUGCAUAGGAGUCUCUUCAGGCUGAGCUGGGUGCAGAACAUGGGGUCCACUUGCUAGGGAAGUGUGAGCCACAGGCCAUUGUACAGGCUUUAUGCUGGAAACAGGGUUUCUGCACAACCUCUAAUCAUACAUCGAUCUACAUGAUGGGUCUCAGAAAGUGCAAUAUCAAAUGUGCACGUUCAGAGUGGAUGCCAGCUGCAAACUGUUCAGUGCAAUAAAGUACAUACAAACCUGGUGUUGGGUGAAUGUGGCUUUUAUCUCCCUCAAAUAAAUUGCAUGUAAAAUCACUUUCACUAUUUAAAUGAUAAAUUUAACAGUCAGUCCAGACAGCCAUUCAUACUGGUAAGACUUACAGUACUUUGUGACAAACCAAUCUGGAUUUUGACAGAACUUUUGUCUUUUCUUCUAAAUUGAAGAAGGGUGUGAACAUCCUUGAGCUUUUGGGAAUCUUGUCUGUGUCCCGAUCCUAACUUUGUGCCUCAGACCAUUUCCUUUGCUGAUGGAAAUAGUCCAUUUUUUUCUCAUUGUAAUGUUUGCUUUGGAGACCAUGAAUAUCCUUUCCUUAUGCUUCAGCAAUCUGGGAAGAUAGGCAGGUUUUGCCUGGCUAGUUUCCACACCUGCAGGCAGUAAGAAAACACUCAUAUAGGUUUGUGAGCACUGAAAUUGUUUUAGAAUUAUUUCUGUUCAUGGUCCUAAUGCCUUGAAGUGCAUGUUUCUAUUUCUGUCCUCCACAAGGAAGAGGAAACUUAACCUAAGCUGUAUUUUAAUACACACAAAUACACAUAUGAGACUUGAUUUUUUUUUUAAGUGACAAAAUUCUGCCCAAUAAUUUAUGAAUCUAACAACUGCAUAGAAGACAGGACUUUGAUGUGCUCCUGACGUAGAAAGGAAAAACACAACUUCACUCUCUCAGAAAACUUAACAUUUGUUUCUGAGAUGUUAGACAGCAAUUUACUUCAGAUAUAUAGCGAGUACUGCUUAUUUCAGUGCAGGCAUGUAAUUGAUAGCAUCUUUCCACUCUGUUGCUGGGAAAAAUAUUUACAUAGCAAUGCUUUCUCUUUAGUUUCUUUUGCUAUGCCAAAGAGUGUAAUUGAACUGCUAUUGCAAACAUAGAUUAAUGAAUGUAUUCACCUGAGUGCUUAAACUUUUCUACCUCUCAUAGCUGCUGUAACUGCUUGAACUGUUAUUGCACAGGAUAGCCUAAAGAACUGAACCCAUGUAAGAGUCUAAAUUCUAUUUUCAUAGAUAGCUAAAAGAUUUAGGAUUUAACUCUUAUUAGCAUCCUGUCAGAUUCUCAUUCCUAAAAAAUGGGCAUAGACACCCAAGAAGGGCUCUGUGUGUGAACAGCCCUUUUGAUUGUUCAAACACUGCUUUGUCAUCCCCCCCAAACCAAAAAGCCAGCAACUGUGAUUUCUUAGACAUGGAAGGUUAUAUGUUACCUGAAAAUCUGCAUUUCACAAGGGUAGCAGAAAACAAUGACCUACUUGUUAAAAUGACUGUAACAGUCCUUCCCCAGCCCUCCCUGCUGGCAGGUAGCUGCAAGGCACAGGUUUAGUCUCCCUCUCUGCCUUGGGAGACACAAGCCUCCAUCUCCAUGGCAAAUGCUUCCACCUUGGUGUUAUCCUGGAUCCCCCUCAAAUCUUCCUGCUGGAGCUUUUCUACAUGGUUUGAAAUUCCUAAAUAAAAAUAUUUUAGCCUGGUGGUUGUAGUGUUUGUCAAGGAGACAAAGUACUUGGCAGGAAGAGCUGCUCACUGAAACAGCUUGAAUUAUUUGUAUAUGGUGGAAACCCAAUUUGAGAAGUUUUUGUUCCCCCUUUCCACCUGACUAUGAUGUAAAGUGAGGGUUGAGACAACCUGCAGGGAGAUGGGAAUGAAUAGUCAUCAUUGCUGUUGACCUCUUGGGUAAUUUCUCACACAAGUGAGUAAAAAGUUGUGACAAAACUGCUCUUUAUCUGCUUCUUAUUUUCCUCUUAUUCCCUCCCAGAUUUGGGCAAGUUUGACUCCAGCUUGUAUACAGAUUCUGAAGAGUAUUUAUGCAUGUGAGAAAAAUUGCAGCUCCUAUGGAAAACUACCUUCUGUCAAAAAAUAAGAGAGAGUGUGGCAGAUUUUCCCUUUUCUUACUUGGGCUCCCAGGGCUAUGGCGUCAAACCCUUCCCUUUACAUAAGCCAGGCCUGAUUCGGGUGACAUGUUGCUCUAGGAGGUUCCCAAGGCUGGUGCCAACAGACCCUCAAGGAACCUGGUGACGUUAGAUGAGUGCUAUGUUAAACCAUAGAUUUUAAUGUGGGGAAAUGUUUGAAAAAUCAUCUGUCAUGGUAUCCCAUAUAACACAGUCCAGAGCUUUCCCCCGCUCACUCCUGCAGCAUAGGGAAUUAUUGUUCCCUGUUAACGCUCUGAAGUCCAGCAGUUUGUGGCUGAAAUGGAGCUCAUCUUCCUGCAACACACUGGAUCUUGAUUUAAUCAGUUAACCCUUUCCACUUUCUAGGCUGCUGCAACAGUUUUAAUGGUCGUUGUUAAAAGAGUGUUCAACAUUUAACUUCAAAAGGUGCUAACAGCCUCCUUUUGAAACCACAGUCUUCCAGAGUUGCAAGCGGUUCUUUUGCUAAAUGAUGCUGAGAAGCUCCGUGAUGGAGAGCAUGCUUCCAGGGGAGGACCACCACACUGGGGUCUGCAGCCGGUGCAGACUGAUGGUAUCAGAGCAAUUCUGGUCAAAUACUUUCUGAAUUAAACUAUUGCUAUUUUUCAGCCCAAGCUAUGCAAUUGAGAAAUCAAUAUAUUGUGAUCUGAAGUACAUUCCUAAGAGGUUUUUGAAGGUUUAUAAACGAAACAAAGCAACUACAAAAAACUAGUUCCACUGACAUCUCCUUCCCCUGGACCCUUUAAUCUCCAAAAACAUUCCUGACAACUUCACGGAGGGUUUUAUUGCCAUCAAGAUGAUCGGGCCUUAUUUCUCAUGUCUCUUCCUACUAGAGACAAGGACUGCUGAGGGGGACAGGAGAAUGCCGUAAAUCAAAAUAGAAAUAGGUAGUGGGGAGAAAGGUUAGUGUAUUUGCUAGGAGGGAUUUUGGCUUUCAGGCUGUGAUGUGAGUGAUACAGCAUGGCAGUGCCUGCACUGGCAGCUGACACCGAUUUCAGCCUUUGCUUGGCCCGCUCAGCCCCAGCCUUCUCCCAUGGCUUCACAACUGCAGAGCAUAUCCUUGAAGUAUGUGUUUGCUUAAACUCAGCUUCUGGAGAGAGCCACCUGUGUCAGCUGUGCAGGUAUCUAGUGUAAAGGUGCUGGCAUUGCCACCAAGUUUGCAGGGUCUGCUUUGGAAACCUCUUCUUUCCAUGCUGGCAGAUCCAGAUACCCCAUAGCUGGCCCUUUACACUGUGCAGCUUGUGGCUUGUGCCAGGAAAGAAAUACUGUUCCCAAAUCUCUGUAGACUUGCCAUUUCUGAAGGGAGCUCUUUAACACCCAUAGUUUUAAACGGUUUGGGGAUUUUUUGCGGUACCACCUGCAAAGAUCUGAAGCAGAUCUUUCUUGCUUGUAGGUCAGUGCAGAGCCUGAAAGCAUUUCAGCCUCUGCGAAAUGUACGUCCAGUGACUUACACAUUUGUCUCUCACAGCCACAUGGGAAAAGCUUUAUCAGUCUAGAUUAACUAUUGUGUUAUGCUGCUAAAGAGGUCCUUGCAUCACGGGUAUUUGGGGACAAAACUGAAUACUUUUUCGUAAUUUGUUUUACCACUGAAAGCAGUAGAGGGACAAAUCCUUCGCUGCUGUAUGUAGCUUAGCUUUGUGAGCCACACUGGAGCCAUGCCAGUCCACACAAGCUGAGGGUAGAGACUGGUCUGUUUUGAAUAUUAUGUCUCUUGAUUUGUAUGGUCUUUUGCAAUGUAAUAACUGCUGAUUUGGAGCUUUAAUUGCGUGCAUUUGACAGAAACAGAAUUUGAGUGAGGUUUAUUAUUGUUUUGAUACAGUCUCUAAAGGGAAGUUUUUACUAGCAUUUUAAUAUAGUCCUUUGUAAACACGUAGCAAAUAAUGCUGAGUCCAAUCCUUCUGCUAAUGGAGUCACUGACAAAGUUUCCUUUGGCUUUAGUAGGACCUGGAAUGGGUUCAGUAUAAGUGAUACACUCUAGUGUUACUGAUAAUGAGUUAACGUGUUUUAUAUAUUGAUGCUUUUUGCUGGACAGUGCAUUAGCUUUUUAUGAUCUGGUGAUAUAUACAAAUAAAUUAUUUGAAAAGUCAA